UUAUGGAAAUUGUUGGUUACCUGGACAUCGUAAAGUCGAGGAAGCUGUGAACAGAUUCAUUAAGAAUCUGCUGUCGUGAAAAAUGCAUUUUAUGAAUCCUUUGAGUUAAGAAGGUGUUAACAGUGGUUUGUCAUUUCUGCCACAUAAGAGACUAUAAUCUGAAACAGUUCUGGCAGUUAUGCAGAUGCCUGAAACUGGCAAGAACUAGUACAGUUAGUGAUCAUCCUUCAACAAGAAACACAGAGCUACCUAAGUACUAUAUAAAUGUCUUCUCGUAGAUGACGUUUAAGAUAAUGGGCAGCUUUUCUACAUCUGCAUUUCAGAUACAGCAUUAACACUUGGAAUCUGGAAAGGUAUUUUGUGUUAAUUGAAAGGUUGGACUUUCUUUUUAGUUUCCAGAUGUAUUGUCUCAUCUGUAGACUUGAAACAUCUACAAUCACAUAAGCUCCAGAUACGACCAUGGAGUUGUAUGGUCCAUCAAGAUACAGCAAAAGCGUUGCUGAGCUUUGGCACCAGUCUUGUUUUCAUCAGUUCAACAAUUAAUGUAAUAUGUGUUCUGCUAAUCAAGAAUAUGGAGCCAAAUAAAGUCAUGCACAUUCUUUUGCCAAAUGGACUCUGUGGCUGUAGAAUUUUACUGUGACUUGUUACUCUUCUCAUUUACAGUUAGCUGAAUUUGCAAAUUAUGUCCAAAUGGAUGUAGAGACCUGUGUUGAUGUAACCAGAUUCUAGCAAACAUUGAAGAUAAAAACCCUAUUAUGACUAAUCCUUGGGAAGAGAAAGUCUGCAAAAUGGCACAAACAAGUUUACUGCAAGGGAAGCAGUUUUACUGUAGAGAGUGGGUUUUCCACAAGCUCCAGCACUGCCUCCAAGAGAAAACAAACUGCUGCAACAGUACUGUCAACACACCACCCCUUGUGAUGAAUUCUGGGAAUAAUGCUAGUGCUGUCUCUGGAAAGGGAGCUGCCUGGGGUGUGUUGUUGAUAGGAGGGCCUGGCAGUGGCAAGACAGCCCUGUGCACAGAGCUCUUGUGGCCAAGUUCACCUACAAGCUUGCAGAGAGGUUUACAUCGCCAGGCUUUGGCCUUCCAUUUCUGCAAAGCCCAGGACUCUGAUACUUUGUGUGUUGGAGGUUUUAUUAGAAGCCUGGUUUCCCAGAUUUGCCGCAGUGGACUACUCCCAGGAUAUGAGGACAAACUGAGAGAUCCAGCAGUCCAAAGCCUCUUACAACCUGGAGAAUGCGAGAGAAACCCGGCCGAAGCAUUUAAAAGGUGUGUUCUGCUCCCACUCUCGGGAAUGAAGCCUCCACAGCAGAGCCUGUACCUGCUCGUGGACUCUGUUGAUGAAGGGUGUACCAUCUCGGAAGGUGAACAGACGUCGACCAGCUUCUCGGGGACUGUGGCAGAGCUCUUAGCUGGUCACCAUGAGUUCUUUCCACCAUGGCUAUUGCUUCUAUGUUCUGCCAGGAAACAGAGUAAGGCCGUUACUAAAAUGUUUACUGGCUUUCGAAAAAUAAGUUUAGAUGACCUUCGGAAGGCAUACAUUGUCAAGGAUGUUCAGCAGUACAUUCUUCAUCGGUUAGAUCAAGAAGAAGCUUUGCGACAACACCUCACUAAAGAAACUGCAGAGAUGUUAAAUCAACUGCACAUUAAAAGCAGUGGAUGCUUUCUUUAUCUAGAACGAGUUUUAGAUGGAGUUGUAGAAAAUUUUAUUAUGUUAAGAGAGAUUCGUGACAUCCCGGGAACUCUAAAUGGUCUCUAUCUCUGGCUUUGCCAAAGACUUUUUGUAAGAAAACAGUUUGCAAAAGUUCAACCUAUUUUAAAUGUGAUUCUUGCAGCCUGCCGACCUUUGACCAUAACGGAAUUAUAUCAUGCAGUAUGGACCAAAAAUAUGUCUUUAACCUUGGAAGACUUUCAACGCAAGUUAGAUGUCCUGUCUAAACUUCUUGUUGAUGGACUAGGAAAUACUAAAAUACUGUUUCACUAUAGUUUUGCAGAAUGGCUUCUAGAUGUGAAGCACUGCACUCAGAAGUAUUUAUGUAACGCAGCUGAAGGACACAGAAUGUUGGCUAUGAGUUAUACCUGUCAAGCAAAGAAUUUAACACCAUUGGAAGCACAAGAAUUUGCUUUGCACUUAAUUAAUUCAAACCUACAAUUAGAGACAGCUGAGUUAGCUCUGUGGAUGAUAUGGAAUGGUGCACCUGUUAGAGACUCUCUGUCUACUUUAAUUCCCAAGGAACAAGAAGUACUACAGCUGUUGGUUAAAGCUGGUGCUCACGUCAACAGUGAAGAUGAUCGCACAUCAUGCAUUGUUCGACAAGCUUUAGAGAGAGAGGAUUCCAUUCGGACAUUAUUAGAUAAUGGAGCUUCAGUAAAUCAGUGUGAUUCAAAUGGAAGAACAUUAUUGGCUAAUGCUGCAUACAGUGGCAAUCUUGAUGUAGUGAAUUUACUUGUUUCUAGGGGAGCAGAUUUAGAAAUAGAAGAUGUUCAUGGACAUACACCACUCACUCUAGCUGCUAGGCAAGGACAUACCAAGGUGGUUAAUUGUUUGAUUGGAUGUGGAGCAAAUAUUAAUCAUACCGAUCAAGAUGGUUGGACAGCAUUACGAUCUGCUGCCUGGGGAGGCCAUACUGAGGUCGUUUCUGCACUACUUUAUGCUGGCGUAAAAGUGGAUUGUGCAGAUGCUGAUAGUCGAACAGCUUUGAGAGCAGCAGCAUGGGGUGGCCACGAAGAUAUUGUACUGAAUUUGCUACAGCAUGGUGCUGAAGUUAACAAAGCUGAUAAUGAAGGUAGAACUGCUUUGAUAGCAGCAGCAUACAUGGGACAUAGAGAGAUUGUGGAACAUCUGCUGGACCACGGAGCAGAAGUAAAUCACGAGGAUGUUGAUGGCAGGACUGCACUGUCUGUAGCUGCGCUUUGUGUGCCUGCCAGUAAAGGACACGCAUCAGUUGUUAGCCUUCUAAUCGAUCGAGGUGCAGAAGUAGAUCAUUGUGAUAAAGACGGUAUGACUCCACUGCUGGUAGCUGCCUAUGAAGGACAUGUUGAUGUGGUUGACCUGCUUCUAGAAGGAGGAGCGGAUGUAGAUCACACAGAUAACAAUGGUCGAACACCCCUGUUAGCAGCAGCUUCUAUGGGCCAUGCUUCAGUGGUAAACACACUUUUGUUUUGGGGUGCAGCUGUGGAUAGUAUUGAUAGUGAAGGCAGGACGGUCCUCAGCAUAGCUUCAGCACAAGGAAAUGUCGAGGUGGUACGCACUCUCCUGGACAGAGGGUUAGAUGAAAAUCACCGAGAUGAUGCUGGAUGGACACCUUUGCACAUGGCAGCCUUCGAAGGCCACAGGUUAAUAUGUGAAGCGCUUAUUGAACAAGGUGCUAGAACAAAUGAGAUUGACAAUGAUGGACGAAUCCCUUUCAUCUUAGCUUCACAAGAGGGUCAUUAUGAUUGUGUUCAGAUAUUAUUAGAAAAUAAAUCCAACAUUGAUCAGAGAGGUUAUGAUGGCAGAAAUGCACUGCGGGUUGCUGCAUUAGAAGGACACAGAGACAUUGUUGAAUUGCUUUUUAGCCAUGGAGCUGAUGUUAAUUAUAAAGAUGCUGAUGGGAGGCCCACGCUUUAUAUAUUGGCUUUAGAAAACCAACUUACAAUGGCUGAAUACUUUUUAGAAAAUGGUGCAAAUGUAGAAGCAAGCGAUGCUGAAGGAAGGACAGCACUUCAUGUUUCCUGUUGGCAAGGCCACAUGGAAAUGGUACAGGUGCUGAUAGCUUAUCAUGCUGAUGUCAAUGCUGCAGACAAUGAAAAGCGCUCUGCUUUGCAGUCUGCAGCCUGGCAGGGCCACAUGAAAGUGGUUCAGCUCCUGAUUGAGCAUGGUGCAGUAGUUGACCAUACAUGUAAUCAAGGUGCAACUGCACUCUGUAUCGCAGCCCAGGAGGGACACAUUGAUGUUGUGCAGGUGUUGCUGGAGCAUGGUGCUGACCCAAACCAUGCUGAUCAAUUUGGACGUACUGCCAUGCGUGUUGCAGCCAAAAAUGGACAUUCUCAAAUAAUUAAGUUAUUAGAAAAAUACGGUGCAUCUAGUUUGAAUGGCUGUUCUCCCUCACCUGUUCACACAAUGGAGCAAAAACCUCUACAAUCAGUGUCCUCAAAAAUGCAGUCAUUGACAAUUAAAUCAAAUAGCUCUGGCAGUACUGGCGGAGGGGACAUGCAGCCUUCACUACAUGGCUUACCUAAUGGACCAGCUCAUGCAUUCAGUUCUCCCUCAGAAUCUCCAGAUUCUACUGUUGAUCGGCAGAAAUCAUCAUUGUCAAAUAAUUCCCUGAAAAGCUCAAAAAAUUCAUCUUUGAGAACUACUUCAUCUACAGCGACAGCUCAAACAGUACCAAUUGAUAGCUUUCAUAACUUGUCAUUUACAGAACAAAUUCAGCAGCACUCAUUGCCACGCAGUAGAAGUCGACAGUCAAUUGUAUCCCCAUCUUCCACAACACAGUCCUUAGGACAAAGUCACAAUUCACCAAGUAGUGAGUUUGAGUGGAGUCAAGUGAAGCCCAGUUUGAAGUCAACUAAAGCAAAUAAAGGGGGGAAAUCAGAAAAUUCUGGUAAAUCUGGAUCAGCUGGGAAGAAAGCUAAACAAAGUAAUUCCUCACAGCCAAAGGUUUUAGAGUACGAGAUGACUCAAUUUGACAAAAGAGGACCCGUUGCCAAAUCUGGGACUAGUGCACCACCUAAACAAGUGCCAGCAGAAUCUCAGUGUAAAAUCAUACCUUCAACUCCGCAGGAAAUCGGCCGAUCUCAGCAGCAGUUUCUCAUUCACCAACAAAGUGGGGAACAGAAGAAGAGAAAUGGCAUAAUGACAAAUCCAAACUACCAUCUUCAGAGCAACCAGGUUUUUCUUGGUAGGGUUUCAGUUCCACGGACAGUACAGGACAGAGGGCCUCAGGAAGUAUUGGAGGGGUACCCUUCCUCAGAGACAGAAUUAAGCCUUAAGCAAGCCCUGAAGCUUCAGAUUGAGGGUUCUGACCCAAGCUUCAACUAUAAGAAGGAAACACCGCUAUAAAAGUUUCCUGUUCUGUGAAACAGAAGACAUUGUGAUUGAAGUGGUUCCUCAACUACUGGAUGAAAACAAAAUGCCUAUUGAUGUGAUGAAAUAAAAGUGAAGAAUGUGAUAUCUGCAGUACAGUUACCUUAAUUACUGUAAUGUGCCUAAAGAGUGAGGCUGCCUUCUCAUUGUAAUCCUCUGUGCUUAAAAAGUUUUUUUGUGUGCUUUGUAUUCACAACACAGAAUAAGCACUUUUUAAAAAGAAAAAAAUGCAGGUGUAUACUGCAGUUCCCCGAUAAAGCUGGAAAUUUUUUGAGUAAAGUAUUUUAAGAUUUGAUAAAUGUGCAUGUGCCACGGUCAAGUGUAUAUGAAAAGGCAGUGUUCUUUGUAUUUUUUUUUUCUUUUUGUGGCAAAAGAAACUUAAUGCAUAAUGUUUCAAUCACAUUUGCAUUGUAGUGUGUGGCCUGUUUCUUGUAUCUUUAAAAAUGUUGCUCAAUAAAAUAAAUAUUGGAACUAUUUUAUGUUCACUACACCUUCAGCACUGGAUUGAAAUGAGUUUCUAUGUAAAUGCAACAUUGCAGUAAGAAAAAUUGGUUUCUUGACAGAUUUUCAAAAAAUAAUUUCUACUAUUAGGGAGCUGCUUUAAGUAGUUUAAAUCUGGACUUUCUUAAUAGAAUACUCCUCAUCUCUGGCUAACAGUGUCAAAGCAAGCAAACAACCAGACUAGGCAGAGCAGAGCUCCUUUUCAUUCACAGGGAUGCAAUUUCACCUCCCACUUGCUUGUCAUUCCACCUCCAGAAAGACAGACUAUCAUUCCUGAGGCGUGAAUAUUCUCAGGGACAAAGCCAUGCCUCAGACACAUGUGUGCGCUGAGGGAGAUGCACCUGUCUAUCCGAGGGUAGUUUUUUGAUCCCUGAACUAUUCAUUGACUACCCUUAUCUCUUCCUCACAGCAAAGUAAACUGUAGUUUAUCAGUGUAAACAUUAAUGCUGGCUUCUUUCUCAGCUGUUUCUACUUGUAAAUCACUGCAUGACCAAAACAGCCCCACUGAAAAUCAGUUGGUUAAAUGUAAUGGUUCAGUUGGAUGAAUAUUCUUGAUGAAUGUAAUAUGUGCUGUCCUUCACAGAUGACAUCGCUUAUUCAUUAGUCACAGCACAUAUGUAUUUUUAACUGUUUUUUUUUUUUUUUU